ACGACUGUUUUGGAGGCUCAUUCAAAAUGGAGUAAAACACGAAGCUUUUUUUAGUGGCCCAGUGUCUUUAGCGGUUUCUACUCGUCUUUAUGAGUCAAAUACAUCAACCGUUUACAUUUUCAUAAAAUAUUAGUAACACCAGCAAAAUGACAGAAGAGAAUAAAUCGGGCUCUUUAGGUUUUUUUUCGAGUUAUGACGAUCUGAGCGACAGCAGCAGCGACUCAGACGAGGAGAGGUACGGUGGCAAGAAGAAAGCGGGUUCUGAGGCUCAGGGAAGCGGGGAACAGUCGUCCCAACAGGCGGCCAAGCGGGCUGCCGGUGGAGCACCCUUACCCAGACCCGACGAGCUGUUCAGCUCCGUGUCAAAGCCUUCUUUUCUCUACAACCCACUGAACAAACAGAUAGACUGGGACAGUCUCACGGUCAAGCCGCCAGAAGAGCCUACCAGAGAAUUUAAGCCCUGGAAGACGAACGCUGUGCCGCCUCCUGAGAGUUAUGUUGCAGAGCCUGAAAAGAAGAAAGGGCCGCCUCCUGGACAGGACAUGGCAAUCAAGUGGUCCAAUGUGUAUGAGGACAAUGGAGAAGAUGCACCUAAGCCGUACACGGGUAAAGCUCGCUUCUUGCCUGAUGAAGUGCAGCUUUCUGACUCAGAUGAGGAAUCAGAAAAGUCCUCUCAGUCUGCGAAGAAGCGGCGAGUGGAGACCUUUCAGCAAAAGGAAAAGAGGAAGAGGGACUUGGGACAAGCCACCUCUGACAAGAACUUUGUAGAGGAGGAGAAAAGGAUCCUCAGGCAGAAUAUUGAGUGACCUACGAACACAGCAUCAGCAGCAAAGAUCCCCAGAUGCUCUGUAGGGAAAGAAGGUUGUCAACUCACAGGGUCAUUGUAAUAGAUAGAUUAUGUCAGCGAGUGAUCAGGCUGAAACACAGAUCCAAGUUGUUCUCUUUAAUGUAAAACAAAACAGGUUUUUGAUUUUAUAAGUCACUCACCAGCUCUGUUCCAAAGAGAGAGAAUCUCACGUUUCAGCUUUAUAAAACAUAAAAAGCACAGAGCAUCACCAAAUGCAACACUUUACGAAAAACUGCUGAAGAUUUGCUUUCUAUAGACAAUAGAAAUCCAAGUGAAAGCAAUAAAAACAUCAGAAUCUAAAUGUGGAAAAUGAAAGAAAACGACCGGUGUCUCUUUGCCCCACUUAAUGGUGUAUUAUAUCUCUGUGAUGUUUGACUGUGGUGGUGGGCUGGUUUUAUUUAGAGCUUAUUUUAUUGAACUUAUUUUUAUUAUUAUGAUAUUAAUUUGUGUUUGUGUGUGUUGUUGCAGACGUCUCUUUCAAACUCAUGAUUAUUGGUUGUAAAUCCAUUAAAAUCAUAUUUUUAAAAGCUA